AUCGAGUAUUGAAUAAGAACAAGGUUUUUACAAGGUUUUCGAUAAACAAUAUAUUGUAUAAAUGCCAUUUUUAUGGAGGAGAAAGCGCGGCAGCGGCCGGAGAGGAGCUCCGGCGAAAAGGGAAGUACCGAAAGCGAUCGUAAAGCCGCGUAACGAACUCGUAAUUCCUACCCAUUUCCGUUGCCCGAUAUCGCUCGAUUUGAUGAAGGAUCCGGUCUCGUUGUCGACCGGGAUAACGUACGAUAGGGAGAGUAUCGAGAAUUGGAUUGACGCGGGGCACGUCACGUGCCCCGUGACAAAUCAAGUCUUGAGAAACAUCGAUAGGAUCCCGAAUCAUUCGUUGCGACAAAUGAUCCAAGAUUGGUGCGUUGAGAACAAGUCUCUCGGGGUCGAGAGGAUCCCCACCCCGCGAAUCCCGAUUAGUUCUUUCGACGCCUCAGAAAUUUUUACGCGAAUAUUGGCUAGCGCACGAGAACGAGACGAAGCGACGUGCAGUGAAUUGCUCGGAAAAAUCAAGAAUUUAGCGAAGGAGAACGAGCGAAACAAACGUUGUAUGGUAGGUAACGGGAUUGGCUCGACUCUAGCUAACGUGUUCGACUCGUUCGCCCGUGUUUCGGGGGAUACGAACAUAAAUUUGCUCGAGGAAAUAUUGGCGACGUUAACAUGGAGUUUUCCAUUAGGUCAAGACGGGGUUUCGAAGUUGAAAUCUCCGGCUUCGCUACAUUUCAUGGCGAGGAUUUUGAAUCACGAAUCUAACAGUCAAUAUUCCACGAUCCAAAACACGAUCAUCAUGUUGAAAGAAUUAAUUUUCGAGGAUAGAAGCGUCGUCGAAAGAAUAAUGGAAGUCGAGGGCAUCGAAAGAACAUUUCUUCGCGUCUUGGAAAUGCCCGUCGGCCCUAAAGCUACGCAAGCGUGCCUAAUGAUCAUUCACCAGAUAAUGACAACGUCGAAACAAGAGAAAGAAAAUCACACGUCUGCGACAUUCGCAAACUUCAUCCGAUUAGGGCUAGUUCCCUUAAUUCUCGACAUCCUCGUCGAUAGCAAUAGAUCCACGUGCGAAAAAGCGUUGAUCGUUUUGGACAACGCGUGCGACUCCGAGGAAGGUAAGAAAACGGCGAGCGCGAAUGCCCUAACGAUCCCGUUGAUCGUUAAGAAGAUUCUACGGGUUUCAGACACCGCGACCGAAUAUUCCAUCGCGAUUCUUUCGAAGCUAAGCUUCGGAGAAAACGAGGACGCGCUAGCCGAUGCCGUAACUCAUGGAGCUUUCCAGAAGCUUCUAGUAGUUUUGCAAGUUGGAUGUGGUGAAAGAACAAAGGAGAAUGCAAGUGAAUUGUUGAGAUUGAUGAACAAGUAUAGGAACAAGUUGGAUUGUUUCGAUUCCUCCAUGGGAUUUAAGUAUAUGAAAAAGUCGAAUUGAUCAUCUCUUUGUAAUAUUAGGACAACUUCGAAUGUUCUUGUCUUUUCAUUUAGGGUUCUAGAUGGGAAUAUGUAUAGUUGUUCAAUUUUUACUUGUAUAGAAAGAUAUUUUGUAGUUGGUUGGGAAAUUAUAAUACUCCUUCCGUUCCGUCCGCUUGAAAUAUAUGCGUUUAUAU